AUGGCCGACUUAGAUGACUUUUUUGCUAAAAAAGACCGAAAAAAGGCAAAAGGCAAAAAAUUUACAACGACAGAAGAAAUUGCCAAAAAAAUGGAAGAAACUGGGAGAAGGAUUGAAAAACCAAUAAAAGACAAAAUAGGUAUAUUAUCAGGACCUUUUGGACCCGAUGGCGAUGAUAUUAUGGGAAAUAACGAGGAAGAUGAAGAAUGGAAAGAAUUUAAAGAAGAAGAAAAAAAAGAUUACACUGGACUAAAAAUUCAAAACUUAUCUCUUCAAGAUUUAGAUGAUGCUGACAAAAAUGAUAGAGACGAUGAACCUGAAAUGAAUGACCAAAAUAAUUCAAAUUCACAAAAGAAAGGACCUUGGAAAGUAGUAGAAGUUACUGAAAAAAAAGAAAAAACUCCUCCACCUGUUCAGAAAAGUUAUAAAGUUCCUCAAUUAAGAAAAGCAGGUUUAAAUCAAAGUAGAUCAAGUUCGGGUGGAAAACCUGAAGCUCCCGAUAUAACCAGUAAAACAUAUUUUCCUACUUUAUCAGCAGCAACUAAUGAAUCAUCUGUAUCUUGGAAUAAAAGGUAA